AUGAGCAUAGGAGAGAAAACCAGUGGUGGUUCAUCGUGGAGCAAGGAUGAUGAUCUUGCUUUUGAGAAAGCUCUAUCAAUUUAUACCGACGAAACUCAGAAUCGUUGGGAAAAGAUUGCUGGAGUUGUUCCUAGAAAAACAUUAGAGCAAGUUAUUGAACGUUACGAAAGUUUACUUCAAGAUGUUAUGCUGAUUGAAUUUGGAUGUGUGCCUUUUCUUGAGUAUGAUUCUUUGGAAGGAACACCUGCCAAAGAAACAGCUAUCAUCAAUCGCAAAUGUGAGUCUACGCAAGAAUCUAAACCAAGACUAACGCAAAGACGUCGCAAGGGGAUUGCAUGGACACCAGAUGAACACAAACAGUUUCUUCUUGGUCUAGAAAAAUAUGGGAAAGGUGAUUGGCGUAGCAUUUCUCGUCACCUGGUAAUGACGAGAACACCAACUCAAGUUGCAAGUCAUGCUCAGAAAUACUUCGGACGCUUUAACUCUAAGAACAAAAACAAUGUGAGACAAAGCAUAUAUGACGUUGACGUUGGAGAAAGCGGUAACACAAUGCAAAUACCAAACACAUGGCAAAACACUCAAGCCAUCCAAACCACUUCGCAACAAUCACAAGACCGUUAUCCUAAAUAUGACACACCAGCCAUAUGGAACACACAAGCCACUUCACAACAAUCACUAGACCGUCCUAUGUAUGGAACACCCAACAUAUGGAACACUCGAGCUGCUUCGCAACCAUCUGUGAACUUUUCUAUCUAA